AUGGCUGAGAUCCUGAAGCAGAAGGACUCUGAACCGACCAACUUCAAGAUAGCAGCUGGCACGCUCGAUGCCAGUGCGAAGAUUUACGCCGUGCGCGUGGAUGCGGUCCACGCAGAUACGUACAAAGUUCUUGGAGGCUUGGGCAAGGACUUGGCACCGACGAAAAACACGGACAGCCCAGAAGCAGAGGAAGGCAGUCCAUCUCCUGAGGCUGUCAAGAGAGUUCAGACGAAGAAGAAGCACUCGUUCAAAACCAUCGAGCAGAACUUGAACAACAUCAACGUGUCGGAGGCCAGUCGCAGACGUGAGGUUGACCCCAUGUUCCAGAAAACAGCCGCAGCUUUCGAUGAAUGCAGCACGGCUGGCAUUUUCCUCACUGGGCUGCGUACCCAGAACUGCCGCAGCGAGCUCCUCUUCGACUCCGAGAUCGUGCCUCUGCCUUCUUCAGAGACGCUCACGCUGCCAAACUCUGAUCCCGUGAAAGUGACGGAUCUAAAGCCCCUGCUGGCGCAGUGCAUCGAGAAACUCCCUGUCUGCUCCUCACUGGCUGGGUUCCAGUUCACACAAUGGGAUGCUGAAUCCCAGGAUGAGUCAGUGUCAGCCCUGCUGGAGAAAUAUAAGAAGAGCGACCAAGUGUUCGAUAUCAACGCGGAGAUCGACAGCGAUGUGGAAGACUGUGCCCCCGCCCUGCCAGGUGAUGACUUCAGUUCUGACUCCCCCAGGAACACAGUGACAGACACGAUUGGGGAAUUCACAGCCAAGCUCAACUCCUUUGGAACAGUCCAGGACAGCAAGCGAAUUGAUGCGGUUCCUUUCAGAGAGGGAGACAUCGGGACCCUGUGCCUUCAUCUCUCCAUGAAACCAGGGGAAUAUUCCUACUUCAGUCCCCGAAUUCUGUCGAUGUGGGCUGGCCCAGAGCACUGGCGCUUCAAACCUCGGCACAAACCAGACGCUGACUCUGAAAGAGAGACCAAGAAAAGGAACGCAAAGAAAGCGUUUGAAAUAAACUUUGAUGAGGAUAUUGACUUUGAGGCAUAUUUCCGUCAGACCAAGGCGUCCAUAACUCUCGCCAAAUCCAUCCUGGAAAGCCAGAACGUGAAGAGCACCACACUUCCCAGAGACUUCAACUAUGACCCCAGCAACAUUCUCCAGCUGUUCCUCAAACCAGCUGUGAAGCUCUCCAGGACAUCUCAGCCGGACAGCUCGGAUCACGAAGAUGAGAUCGGCGAGUACGACUACAACAACCCCAACGACACCUCCAAUUUCUGCCCUGCACUGCAGGCUGCAGACAGCGAUGAUGAUAAUGAACCCAUUCGAUUCGUGGGCCAGACCGGGGAGUUCAACCUUACCGCCUGCCCCGAGGGUCAGGAUGCUGAGCAUAACGGGCCCGUCAACAGUGUCGAUAUCACAGUGUAUGGAGAGCUGCACCUCCUCGCCGAGCCCCAGAAG